UAAUUGUUGCGCACGAGACCGUAGAAUCACUUUCACUGUGAGUGCCGAAGGUGAUCGUGAGCGGGAAGAGAGAGAGCGCGAGGAUUAAACAUGGAACGGUUGUUUAAAUCUGUCGAGCAUUAUCCCGACCCCCAUGAUGCCGAAAUAAUAGGGCAAAUACCGGAUUGGGUUGAAGGUCAGCUGUUCCGACUGGGUCCAGCAAAAUGGGAUUUCGACAACGACUUCACCUUCAAACACUGGCUCGACGGUUGCGCCCUCAUGUACAAAUUCACCAUCAAGAAAGGCCAUGUCGAUGUUAUGUCAAGAUUCUUGGACACUGUGAUGUAUCAAAAGAUCACCCAAGUCCAAAGGCCAGUCUUCACUGAAUUUGGUACAAAAUCUUACCCAGAUCCAUGCAAGAAUGUCUUCUGCAGAUAUUUCUCGCAAUUGGUACCAUUGGAACUGACGGAUAACGAUAUGGCCAAUGUGUAUACUGUGGAUGAUGAAUUGUACGCAGCCUCCGAAACCUGCCACUUGUGGAAGAUUAAUCCCGAAGAUCUCACCUGCAAAGAGAGAAUUGAUUUAAAGGAACUAUUAUCCGUUAAUCUUGCAAGUUCUCACCCUCACAAGUGCCCGGACGGGACAAUUUAUAACUUGGGAGCUAGUUUUAUGACUGGUUUAAGGUACCAUAUCAUGAAGCUGCCACCGAUAUCUGUUGCUCCUGAAGGCAAAAAGGAUAUCAAGGGCUUUGAAAGAGCUUCAAUUCUUACUAGUAUAAAUUCCAAUUACAAGGCUAGCUUCAGUUACUAUCACAGCUUUGGCCUCACAGAACACUAUAUUCUGUUCCUAGAACAGCCUCUUCUCGUCAACACUGUUCGGAUGGCAGCUUCAGGCAUUAAGGGAUAUGCUUUGAAAGAAUGCUUUGACUGGUGUCCUAAAGAAAAGACGCGUUUCCACGUCGUCGACCGAGUGUCUGGGCAAGAAAUAAAGUUGAAGUACCAAGCGGAUGCCUUGUUUUUCUUCCAUCACAUCAAUACCUACGAAGAAGAUGGUCACAUAGUUGCUGAUAUUAUGGCUUUUCCCGGCCCAGAGGUCAUCGACAAAUUCUAUCUGGACAAGCUUAGACUCGGUCAAUUUGAUACCACCUGCCAACCUAUUUUCACCAGAUUCGUGCUGCCACUCAAAGCUGAUGGCAAAAAGGGAGAAAAUUUGGUUACUUUGAAGAACACUGAAGCCACAGCUGUUAGACAAGAUAAAGAUGUGGUAUUUUUACAAGCAGAAAACAAAGGCGAAAGUGGUUUUGAAAUGCCGACGAUCAACUAUUCCAUGUUCAACACGAGGAAGUACCGAUAUGUGUACGGAAGCGGAGUUUUUGAAACCGGAAAAUACAGGAAUUCGCUCGUAAAAUUAGACACAUUUACGGGCGAGAUGACUGUUUGGCGAGAAAAGGACACGAUGUAUCCUGGUGAGAUUAUCUAUGUCCCAAGACCCGGUUCCACUGUGGAAGAUGAUGGUGUCCUUUUAUCUGUGGUGCUCGAUGUUGACCACGAUUCUCCCGAUUUCUUGUUAGUGCUGGACGCUAAAACCUUCAAAGAAUUGGGAAGAGCGGUUGUGCCUCGUGAUGUUCACUUGCCUCCGACAGUGCACGGUUGUUUCCUGAUGGACUAGACCUGAAAAUACUUAAUUUAUAGAUUUGCUUAUCUGCGAUAAUUGUAUAAACCUGUUUAUUGUAUAUACUUUGUCUGCGAUUUAUUUUGUGAAUUUAAAGUAUUGCCUAUUUGGUUUCUAAAAUGUAAUAAAAUUAUAUUUCUUAA